AUGGAUCUCCGGAACAUAAAUCAACCCUCUGCAGAAGGAAAACAAAAAACGGUAGUAAAAAAAUCCUCUGCAAACCGUCCGAACACGGCAACCGUCGUUGCACAGCGUUACAAAAAGGGUUCGACCGGUGGCCUACCGGAUGGUAGUAAAAGUCUGCCCAAAAUUCAUCCCCUCGGUACCAUUCCAAAGUAUCUUCGCAAGCAGAAACAAACGAGCUCUUCCACAUCGCACCCGUCGCUGCUAGAAACAAUCGUCACACGUUCAGACAGGCAAGCAGAUCCAACGGAACCGUUCAAAGCCGCCAGUGAUGAGCAGCUGAUUAUAGAAUAUAAGCAGCAAACGAUCGAUAGACUAGAACGUCAUGUUCAGGAGCUGCUUUCCGAGAUCGGAUAUCGUGAGCGUCGUAUCAAAGAGCUAGAGAUAAGCUUGUCCGGUACGCGCAACACGCUCGCACAGAUGCAAUCCAUGAUGCAAUCGCACCUGAAUGCGCAACAACGUAUUAUAAAGCGAAUUCCCGAGGAAAACAAAACACAGCUACUAUUGCAGAUGAUACUGGACAGCCAGACAAGCAGUAGACAAGUGCAAGCUAGGGAACAAGAUCACGAAGAUAGGUUUUCAUGA